UGCAUCUUUUCUGGGUGGAGCACUUUACUGUGUCCCUUGACAGUGUGCACUUCACAUAAGACUUCAGCUUGUAGUCUGGUGUCUGGGCCACCAUGGCGAAGAACUGUAAUGCUCUAGGGAUUCCUGUUGGCCACAUGAUCCAGGCAGUGUCAGAUGGAGAGUUAAACAUGUCUGCACGGGGCUGUGGAGGCAGCAACUCCAGUCUUCCAGGGACUCCGGGGGGAGAGGCCGGGCCCGCCAACAGCGUGCUGAGCUGGGCCGUUUCGUUUGAGAAGCUUUUGGAGGACCCCUCUGGGGUCCGUUACUUUACGGCCUUCUUGAAGUCUGAGGUGAGUGCAGAGAACAUUUUAUUCUGGCAAGCUUGUGAAAAGUUCAGGAUGAUUCCAGCCACGUCCUUGGAUAAGCUAAAAGCAGCAGCUCACUCCAUCUACAAGACCUACCUGUCUGACAGCGCUCCCUACUGUGUCAACAUUGAUGAUACUGCCAAGACAGAGGAGAAGGACCUGGAGCAGCCCACACCUGACAUGUUUAACAAGGCCCAAGCACAGAUAUUUAAACUGAUGAAGAUGGACAGCUACAGGCGCUUUGUGCGCUCUCCUCUUUACCAGAGUUGCACCUUGGCAAGCGUAGAAGGGAAACUUCUACCUCAGCUCUCUAAUGAGCCGGUUCACCUGGGAUCCUGUGAGGACAUGGUCACCAGAAGCCCCUUGCUCAGUGACAAGAAGAACAAGAAGUCAGACAAUAACAGCUUUCCCGGUGGCAAGAGUGCCUCAGAGAAACAGCGGCAGAAAAGAGGAUCCUGGGGAGAUGAAUCGAACUCCCAUGGCGCAGUCUCUCGGCAAGAGUCUAAUAUGUCGGUCAAGUCCACCAGCAGUGUGGAGCUUGGCUCCCUCUACAGGCACAUGGAGAAUGGCAGAUCUAGUCCCCGGUCUCCAGAUCAGGGAGGUGGAGGUGGGGGUCGGAUAGAGGUGGAGGGGGGCUACUGCUGUGUCUUCUUACCUGAUGGCAGUGCCUCCCUGGCCCCCACACGCAAUGGCCAACCCAUCAAAGACAUGCUGGCUAGCUUGUGUGAGAAGAGAGGCUUCCCCCUGAAAGAUGUCAUCAUCUACCUUCAAGGGAAGGACAAGCCCCUAUCGCUGGACCAGGACUGCUCCGUACUGAGAGAUCAGCAGGUCUCUCUAGAGCUCAGGGUGACAUUUGCGCUGGAGAUUGCCUUUACUGGUAAGACAGUUGGGAUCGUGGUGAAGUCUAGUAAGACGCUGCAGGACGCCCUCUUUAAUGUGAUGCAGAAGCACCACCUCAAGCCACAAGAGGUCCUGGUCACCAUGGUCGGAAGCGACGAGCCAGUGAACAUGAGCGGAUCUGUGUUCAAAUUGGCCAAUAAGACGCUGCGACUUGACAAAACCAAAGGAAGAGACCAGACCUCCAGUUCAAGAGGCAGUGGUUCUGCUGCAGCCACACAGGCAGGAACAGCGAGCGGAAGCAGCAUGGAGGCCCGAUUGUCGCUGCAGACAGACAGAGCUAAGACUCACCCCAAGCCCAGUAAGAACCGCGACAUGGAUGGCUUCCUGGACAUGCUGACGAGAGCUCAGUGCUCCAGGGUUGAUGACCAGCGAGGCCUUCUGACCAAAGAGCAGCUGGAGGUCCCUCUGUUCCUGCAACAGCCCUCAGACCAGGGGCAGGACACAGAGCCAGAAGAGUCCAGUCCAGCCAGCUCCCCCACCGCCGAAUCCAAGAAGGAAUCAGAGGACAAGAUGUCAUUGCCUUUUACUCCGGCUGGGACAGCGGAGGGAACCCCUGUCUCUGCUGAAUCACACCCCAAAGACUUAAGGGAAACUGCAGUUUGAAAGACUUUCAUGUAUGGGAUGGACAAAGACAUGAUUAAGAAGAAAAAAAAAAAAAAAGAAAGAACGUCUUUCAACA